AUGGGGGUGAUGCACCACGCGGUUGUCAAAGUUUGGACGGACAAACCUGUCAGGAUGGAGGCCCUGGAACUCGCCUUGGGGAAGAUCUGGUGUCCCUUGAAGGGAGUGGAAUUUAGGGAUCUAGGAGAGAACCGCUUCCUGGUCACCUUUCUUCAAGGCCCGCGUAAGAAGAGAGCUCUGGAGGAUGGUCCCUGGAUGUUCGGGAAAGACCUGGUGGUGGCGGCGGAAUUUGAUGGGGCGAAGACAAUUAAUGAGAUCGAAUUCUCGUCCAUUCCAAUUUGGGUAAGAGUGAAUAAGAUGCCAUUGGGAAUGAUGAAGAAGGCGGAGGGGGAAGUGAUUGGGGGAGGUGCUGGCGUGGAUGCAGAUGAGGACGACAUGGCGAUUGGUCAGUUCAUGCGGUUCAAGAUCAGACUAGAUAUCAGGAAACCUCUUAUGAGCGGAGUGACAAUUGACUUGGGUGAAGGCGAUGCUGAAAAACCAAUCUGGUGCCCGCUAUGUUAUGAAUUUUUACCCAUCUUUCGCUACACAUGCGACAUCAUUGGGCAUACGGAUCGACUGUGUGAGAAGCAAGUGGAGAAGAGGAAAAUUGAGGGCUUGAUGGGUGAUCGACCUGUAGGCCAGAGCUCAUUGCAACCUUGGAGGGUGUCUAGAGGAAGAGGCAGCGGGGCAGUUCUGGUAGCUGGGAAAGCGGAGGACGACGGGGGAGUGAUGCACCUAGCUGGAGGAAAGAAGGGGAGGGUGAUAGAUGGAGGAAGGAAAAGGGGAGGGAGGACGAAGAGGUCACCAGCCCGCUGA